CUUCGUUCUCAGUUUAGAGACUUCCCUCCCCAGUUGAAGCCAUGCCAGUUAGCUUUUCUCACUGCAGACUGAGGUAAGGCUAUACACACAUCUUCUACUGUAUAACAUCUUUACUUCAAUCCCACAAAGACAUAACUUUACUUCAAUUCAAACUUUGUUUGAUCACUGAAUAGUUAAAUUUGGAUUGUAAUUCAGUUUCUGUCUAUUCACUUCAGUUGAAAUGAUCCCACUGCUCAGAAGAAAACAACCCUUCAAACCAAUCCUAACAAACCCUAAAACCCUACGAUUUCUGUCCACACCCAUCUACUCUAAACCUCCCCAAACCCCUAAAACCCCAUGUAGGGUUUCACAACUUAGACCCUUUUCGACCCAAUCCACUAAAUUCCCCGAAUACGAAAUGCCAUCGGUCACAUGGGGUGUAGUCCAAGGCCGUAGAGAAAAACUCGUCUCCAGGGUCAUAAUUUGUGACUAUUUGAAGAGUGUAGGUAUAAUCCCCGAUGAGUUAGAGAAUCUUGAAUUACCCUCCACUGUUGAAGUCAUGCGGGAACGUGUUGAGUUCUUGCAAAAACUAGGCCUGACUGUCGAUGAUAUUAAUGAAUAUCCAUUAAUGCUUGGUUGUAGUGUGCGGAAGAACUUGAUUCCUGUGAUGGGUUAUUUAGAAAAGAUUGGAAUUCAAAGGUCAAAACUCGGGGAGUUUAUAAAGAAUUACCCACAAUGCCUUCAUGCAAGUGUUGUGGUUGAGCUUGUCCCGGUUAUUAAGUUUCUUCGAGGGCUUGAUGUGGAGAGACAAGAUAUGGGUUAUGUGUUGAUGAAGUAUCCGGAGUUACUAGGGUUUAAGCUUGAAGGGACAAUGAGUACUUCGGUAGCAUAUCUUGUUAGUAUUGGGGUUAAUCCGAGGGAUAUUGGACCAAUGGUAACACAAUAUCCAUAUUUUUUGGGGAUGAGGGUUGGGACAAUGAUUAAACCACUUGUGGAUUACUUGGUUUCUUUGGGUUUACCAAAGAAAGUGUUGGUGAGGAUGUUUGAGAAGAGGGCCUAUAUACUUGGGUAUGAUCUUGAAGAGACAGUUAAACCGAAUGUGGAUUGCUUGGUCAGUUUUGGGAUUCGGAGGGAAGCGCUUGCUUCAGUUAUUGCACAGUAUCCACAAAUUAUUGGACUUCCUUUGAAAGCUAAAUUGUCUUCGCAGCAAUAUUUCUUCAACUUGAAGCUGAAAAUUGACCCUGAAGGGUUUGCUCGUGUUAUCGAGAUGAUGCCCCAGAUUGUGAGCCUUAACCAACAUGUGAUCAUGAAACCUGUUGAGUUCCUUCUUGGACGGGGUAUCCCAGCCGGGGAUGUGUCAAAGAUGAUUGUGAAAUGCCCCCAGUUAGUUGCUCUUCAAGUAGGGCUUAUGAAAAACAGUUAUUACUUCUAUAAGAGUGAAAUGGGGAGGCCAAUAAAAGAGCUUGUGGAGUUCCCAGAAUACUUCACUUAUAGCUUGGAAUCAAGGAUCAAACCCAGGUACCAGAGGUUACAAAGCAAGGGAAUUAGGUGUUCCCUUGCUUGGUUCCUUAACUGUAGUGACCAGCGAUUUGAAGAGAGAUUGCAGGCUGAUUAUAUUGAAACAGAGAGUGCUGGUCCAUCAUUUCUUAUGGGUGGAAAGUUGGAGUUACCGGGAAGUGAGAUUGUAUCUGAAGAGGAAGAGGACAGUGAUGAUGAGAUACUUUACAGGCGGACUGUUUCCCUGUAGCAAAAGUUGUUUGUCACGAUAUUUAAUCAUUCCUAACUUAUAAAUGCUAUCAAAGGUGUUUCUUUUUACUGAUUUACUUUGCAGUGUUCCCUUUGAAUUUUAUUUGUGAUUCCAUGAUGCAUAAAAGCUCAAAGUUCUUUUUUUGGGUCAGUAAAGCUCAGAGUUCUGUGGCAUCUACAUUUCCUAUAAUUAUUGUAGAAAUGAAUGAUUUUUGAGUGAAG